UCAUCAGAGAUACAGUUCAUUAAUCGAAACUAACGACAUUUUAUCGAUACAUUAUAGUUUGUAGCAGACGCCAAUUUGUGUAUGUACUUUGUGUUUACGUCUUGCGUCUGUAUGACAGAUGAUGCAGAACUGUUGAAUGUUAUUGCAUAAAUAUUUUGUUUUAAGUCAAAUAUAAUACACAGAAGAUUAUUCCGUAUGAAUAAUUAACUUUCGUAAAAUCAGUGUAACUCAGAUAGAUAUACAAAAUGGGCCAAAAUAAUGUGGAUGAUGAUGCACCUGUCAUCUAUGGGCUAGAAUUUCAGGCAAGAGCCCUGGCAUCACAAGUUGCAGAAUCAGAUAAUGUUAGAUUUAUGGUUGGUACUCAGUCAAUCAAGUUUUCUCACAACCAAGUUCACAUUAUUGAAGUUAAUGAAGAAAAUGGUGCACUUUCAACAGAAGUAUAUCAACACGCAGAGGGUGAAGUGUGGUCUCUAACAGCUUCACCAGCUGAUGCAAAUGUAAUUGCAACAUGCUACAACACACUUAAUGACACAUGCUGCAUGCGGACUGCAUUGUGGAAAAUUCCUUUUAAAAAUACAUCAGCAACAGGUACUGGUGACCAGCUUGCUCCAGCACUCGAACUUCUGUGCAAUUUUGAUACAGAACAGUAUGGGAAAGAAGUGAAAGUGACAGACUUCCAUCCAACAGAUGGCAAAAGAGCAGUUACAGUUGUGGACAAUCAGUUUGUUGUUUGGGAUAUUGCAGAAAGUUCAAGUAAGAUGGUGUCAGUCGGCAUGCUGGAAGGUAAGGGCCAGCCUCGUUUCACCACUGGUAAAUGGAAUCCUCAUCACAACUGCACACAAUUUGUGACAGCGAAUGACAGCCACAUUCGUAGCUGGGAUCUCCGUGCAGGUCUGCAGCAGGUUUGGACCAUUGAGGGGGCUCAUAGCCAACUUAUCAGGGACCUAGACUUCAAUCCAAACAAGCAGUAUUACCUGGCAACGUGUGGUGAUGAUGGGUGCAGCAAAUUUUGGGAUGUCCGAAACACAACUGAACCUGUUAUUUCUCGCUCAGAUCACUCGCACUGGGUGUGGAGUAUAAGAUACAAUCAUUUCCACGAUCAGCUUGUGCUGACAUCAAGCAGUGAUUCUCGUGUCAUUUUGACAAGUGUUGCAUCAAUCUCUUCUGAACCUUUUGGUCACUUGCCAGAUGAGGAAGAAGCUGAAAAUGCACACCGUGAAAAGUUGGAAGAUGGUGUGCUGGCAACGUAUGAUGAACAUGAAGAUUCAGUGUACAGAGUUGAGUGGUCAGCGGCAGAUCCAUGGACAUUUGCAUCACUCAGUUAUGAUGGGCGGCUUGUGAUCAGUAAGGUACCUCGCAGUGUUAAAUAUAAGAUAUUGCUGUAGUUUUCUGUGACAGUAACUGUUCAAUGUUAUUUGUUAAUGUAAGAAAAAUAAAGAGUUAUCAUUAA